CUUCAAACGGUUCCAUUCAGGCAGAUGCUUUAUUAUUCAGAAAUACCAACAUGAUUGGCCUGAAAUCAAAAGGAAUCAUCAUUAAUAAUAACUCGAGAGUUUGCAAGUUUCCUGCCGACUGUAGUUACAACUGUCAAAGGCAGCAGCGGAUCCGCGCAUGACCCAGCACCCAUACUGUUACUGUACACAGCCGCGGAGAUAAUAUCCGUUUCACAAAAAAAAGACACGGCAUAAUCCCGAGGUAAGGAAAGGAAUCGAGGGGCUGCGCCGAAACUGCGCGACGCUGUUCCUUUCCCUCCGCUUUCAAUCGCGUGCACUUCUUCCAGGAGAUUACUGCACUAAACGUGUUCCUGUGCCUCCUUUAGCAACAGCGCAAGGAUUUUUUUUACUCCUCCUUCGUAUUAAAGUCGCCAUUUUGCUUCACUGCCUAUGAAAGCUUCUUGUAUUUUCUUUAUUAUUCUUAUUUUUUUCUGCGUAUUUUUUGUGCGCGUGCUUUUGAGUUGGCUUUUAAUGAGAGGUUAAAGAGAGAGCGCGUGAAUAACAUACUAAUGAAGCGGAGCACCGACUGGAGUCUGCAAACAAGGUGAAAGUGUUCGGCUUGUGUGCAUCAGCUUUCUCUCUUCUUUUCUUCCUCCUCCUCCAUCAUCUGCCUCCGCGGAUACACGCAGCUGGGGCUGUGAGGGUGGCUACCGACCGUGACGCGUCGGACGCGAACGACCCCCCCGAGCCGCAGGUGUGUUUGCCAUGUAAAGUCGCGUGGCACGACGCGAGAGUAAAAGGCUUCAGCCCGACCCCACGUGGGUGACCCCGCUCACCCGCUUGUUUCGGGUGGAUUGGGCUUUACAGGCAUGGACACCUCCAGCGGUGCCCGAGUGGGGAAGCCGUCCUUGGGCGUGUCCAAGGGGCGCAGAGCCAAACAGGCCCACCACUCUGAGAUAGCCCGAAUGGACAGCACUGAAAAUGACAAUCACGGUUCCUCCUGCAAUGAGAAGUCAGAGGGUAAAAAGAAAGGGCGCCCCCGUGUGGAGAUGCAAGAACUGCGCAAUAUUCCCGCCCAUAUGAUGGUUCAGUGGAAAGAGGAGUUUAAAAAUCGUUCCAGGGUGAAGUGUCCGAGCUCAGGCUGCUGGUUGGAAUUCCCCAGUAUUUACGGACUUAAAUAUCAUUAUCAGCGAUGCCAAGGGGCAACGAUAGCAGAGAAGCUGAGUCACGGAUGCCCGUACUGUGAGGCUGUGUUUGCCACCAAGGUGCAUCUUCAAAAGCACAAGCUGUGGAACCACCCAGAAAGGGUCACCAUGGAGACUAAGUCUGGGGUCACCUUGGAUACUAAAAGCGAUCUUAAAUGUGAAGCCAAGUCUCAACCCAAACAGCAAAAGAGUCAUGUGAAGGGAAAUGCCAAAAAAAGGCCUAUAGAGAACAGCCCUCCAUUUCCUGUAUUUUUCAAAGCGAAGAAGACCAAAGAGGUGUCUCGGCCCUCACAGAAUGGGGAGUGCGCCCCUCAAUGGUCGGACCGAAGACAGCAGCAGCAGCAGGGGUCGUCUUUAGAUGCUGGAAGCAGUGAGAGUGAAGGGGACAGUCUACCCCCACCCUUCCAUGAGGAAGACCCUGAGAGAAUGAAGCACAGGAGGAAGCAGAAAACUCCAAAGAAGUUCACCGGGGAGCAGCCGUCUAUUUCAGGAACAUUCGGCUUGAAAGGAAUGAAUAAGGUGGAGGAGAAGUUAAAAGUCAAUCGGAUGAAGAGGGCGGAGGGGCCUCUGUUCACUGAAGAGACCCAGAAGAAGCAGCCAGUACCAGCUCCCAACAGAAAAGAGUCUGCUGCAAUCAGUUCAGUGCCCCCAGCUGAAGUCCAGUGGCAGAACACCAUAUCUGAGAGGGGGGAGGUGAUCUGCCCCACAUGCUCCAUUGUCACCCGCAAGACCAUCCACGGCCUUAAGAAGCACAUGGAGAUCUGUCAGAAGCUGCGGGAUGCUCUCAAAUGUCACCAGUGUCAGAAGCAGUUCAGAUCCAAAGCUGGACUCAACUACCACUGCAUGACUGACCACAUUAAGACCUCAGCGACUAAAAAUGAGGUUGGGGAGGAGAGAGGGAGAAUACGGCGCCUCCUCAAACACAUGGGCCAAAUCAAGUGCCCCAAUGAGGGCUGUUCAGCUCACUUCUCCAGUCUGAUUGGUUAUCAGUACCAUCAUAAACGCUGUGGCGGAGAGAUGGUGGAUUCAGAGAAACAUGUGUUCAUGUGUCAGCACUGUGGGAAGACCUAUCGCUCAAAAUCUGGCCUUGACUACCACCUGCACUCUGAGCACCCAGCUGCCACCCCGCCAACACACACGCUCACAGCUGAGGAGUGUAAACAGGAAGAGAGGAAAGAGAAGGAGGAAGUGCAGGAGGAAAUGGAGCAAGAAGAGACCAUUCUGAAGAAAGGCAGGGGUAAGGUGAAGGAGAGAGCAGAGGAGCAGGUGGAGCUGGUUGGGGAGAGGAAUGAGGAAAAGCCAGAGGUGGAGGAGCUGCUGGAUUUUGACAGGACGCCCAGUGGAAGGGUGCGACGGCACUCCGCUCAGGUGGCUGUGUUUCACAUGCAGGAGAUCGCAGAAGACGAGCUGGCCAAAGACUGGGGAAACAAACGGCGCAUCAAAGACGACCUUGUGCCAGACAUCAAAAGACUCAACUACACACGACCAGGCCUCCCCAGCUUUAACCCCAAAACUGUGGAGAACUGGAAGAAUGAGGUGAAGGAGAAAGGAUUCAUCUGCUGCUCCAACUGCAAUUGUGAAGCUGUGUACUCCAGUGUAUCUGGACUUAAAGCUCACUUGGCAAACUGCAACAAGGGAGGGGGCGAUGUGGGGAAGUACACCUGUUUGCUCUGUCAGAAGGAGUUUAGCUCUGAGAGUGGUGUAAAGUACCAUAUCAGCAAGACACAUUCUCAGAAUUGGUUUCGUGCAUCUGACCACGAGGUGCCAAACAACAAGAGGAAAGAAUCAGAGAGCAAUGGCUUACAGAAGGACAUGAAAAAUGGAGUGCCUGGGAAGAAGAGAGGUCGAAAGCCCAAAGAGCGUCCCCUGGAGACAGUCUCCAUCCCAGCAGAGACUCAGAGCUUCACCCCAGCUCCAAUUCCACCCCAGACCUUAACUCUAGCCUCAGAAACUCAAACACCUGCCUCCACCCCUAUUGCCAACACCCCAGCUACACCCUCUGCCCCAGUGGACAGUGUGAAUCCAGCCCAGUCUAGCGAAACACAGCCCCCUAUAAAGAAAUGGGGCAAACCUAAGAAAUCGCCAAUCACCGAGUAGCACAGCUCUUACAACAUCAGCACCAAGAUGGGAUCCUUUCCGAACUACACCAGUAAAACAUUCAACGUAAAAAUAUUAACACUAGAACGAGGGGAUGAAGGACGGCAGAAAACAAUGAUGAUUUGCUCUUUAUUGAUUUCACACUGAUUGUUAAAUACAGUACAUAAUGUAUGUGCUUAUGUAUACUGAAAUAUAUUCCUUCUGUUCCUUCUUUAUUUUCUCAUUUCCUUUUAGAAUUAAUUUUAUUAAACUGUUAACUCAAAAAGGGUCAGUAACAGUUAAAUCCCCAGUUUUUAUAUAUGGUGUAUACUGUAUAUAUACAAAGACCUUUAUGGAAGCUUUUAUAGAGCAGAAAUUGCGAACAUGUCUUCAUAAUUUUUGGGUAGCUCAGUCAAUAUGUCCAGUGGUUUCAUUAUUUUUUUUAAGAAUAUAAAAUUCAUUCAGUUAGCAUGGUGAGCUAAUUUACUGCUAACAUUUUAUUUCAGAUAUACUCUGCUGUGUAUAUAAUAUCCAUAUCUAUAUAUGAAUAUAUUCAAAGCAAUUCAUUUUCAUCCACAGUUUUCAAAUGAGGCUGAUCAAAAAAAAAAAGUAGGUCGUCUUUAGUGAUCAUCAUUUGAAUUGCUUUUUAUCAGAUGUAUUUGGGUUUGUUUUGUCAAUGGCAGCUGAAUGAAAGGUUGGAAUACGGUCGACGGCUGGUGUAACAGUGUGCUACUGUGCAAUAGUGUUGCUUCCCUGGUUUCACGUCCUGUCUCUUGCUCUGAAUUGUAAGAGGCUAUCUGGCUCAUAACCUUUUGUAACUCCUUUUCCCGCAUCCCUGUGGGCUGUUUGUAGUAGUUGUAAUUUGCCUCAAUUGGUCAGUGGUCAUUGUUAAAACCUUUAACUGCUUGAAAAUUUGGGUAGCUCUAUGUGCUUUCCUUUAGUCUGAUUAAGAUGCUUAAGAAAAUACAGUGCAAACAUUUAGAGAAAAUCAAAUAGCAAAAUGCAAAUGUGGCAGGGCGGAGGGAGGGCCGGGUCGUGACUGUACACACCCGUAUUAGGCUAAUCAAGCCUCCGAGAGGGAUAAAGGUCCACUGCAGAGGAUCGUGCGGGAGAGAGAGAUCGUUAACGGGCAUGUCCGUCAUUGUUUAAGUUUUAAACAAACACACACAUGACGGUGGAUGACAUGUGCUGCCUUGCGAAAGAAAUGUGUUGGCAUAUGGAUCUUCUUUGAAGCACAGGGAUGCCAUUUGACAUCUGUGAUGUCAUCAGUGUUAGCUUAAGCUAAAUUUACUACUGCUCUGUAGGAAGACUCAAACUAUCUCAUAAAAUGAAAACAUCAUGGAUAGAAAAAUUAAUUUGGGUGAAUCUCAUUAAACCUGUCAAGAACAUGCUGGGGUAGUAUUCACCUCAAAAAUUAAAAGAAAAAAGUAGAAAUUAUAUUUUAUAUAGGCUAUAAAAAAAAAUGUAAGAUUUGUUUUGCAUUAUGCCAUUUUUUCAUGACAACUAAACAUACUUUC